AUGGUCCUCGUAUCGAACGCGCAGUUUGCGCGACCCGCAUUGAGCCACCAAGCCGAGAAGAUGCGCGAAGAACACCACGAGGCGGAUAUCGUCGUCAUUGGCGGGGGCAUCUUUGGAUGUGCGGUGGCGUGGGCAUUGGGGAAUCAGGGGAGGAGUGUGAUACUGUUGGAAAAGUCAUUGAAAGAGCCGGAUCGGAUUGUUGGCGAACUCUUACAACCGGGCGGUGUUCAGGCGCUGGAAACGUUGGGACUGAGGGAUUGUUUGGAAGAGAUCGAUGCGGUCAAGGUGCUUGGGUACGAUGUGAUAUACUACGGCGAGGAAGUGCGGAUACCGUACCCGGCGAAUGCGAGAGAUGCGGCGCAGGAUGCUGAGAAGAGCCAUACGGAUGAGAUGAGAGGCACGAAGAGGAAGCGGCCGGAAGGACGAUCAUUCCACCAUGGACGCUUCAUCCAGCGCUUACGGCAAAAGGCGCUGUCGAAUCCAAAUGUCUCUGUCGUUGAGGCGACUGCGACCGAGCUCAUACGAUGCAGCUUCACAAGUCAGAUCUUGGGAGUCCAAGCAACUCGGAAUGGCGAGCAAGACUCGUACUUUGCCGGCUUGACAAUUGCAGCAGACGGCUACGCCAGCAAGUUCCGCAAAGAGUUCCGAGAUGACACACCUAUCGCCAAAUCGAAGUUCUGGGGCCUAGAACUUAUCGAUGCAGACCUUCCAAUGCCAUACCAUGGCCAUGUGAUUCUUGGCGAUGGCGCUCCCAUACUCCUCUAUCAGAUCGGCACGCAUGAAACACGAGCGCUGGUGGACAUUCCGGAGAACUUGCCGUCUGCAUCUGUCCAAGCUGGCGGAGUUAAGGGACAUUUGAGGAAUGUCGUCGUGCCGAAUCUACCGAAGCAAGUACAGUCCUCGUUCCUCGCCGCUGUCGAGCGCGACCGAUUACGAAGCAUGCCAAAUUCGUGGCUACCACCUACAACGAAUCGUGCACCCGGGUUCCUCAUACUUGGAGACGCCAUGAACAUGCGCCAUCCAUUGACUGGCGGAGGCAUGACGGUAGCCUUCAACGACGUUGUGCUUCUCGCAGAACUGCUCAGCCCAGAGAACGUACCUAACCUGGAAGACACCAAGACGGUCUUGAAGCAAAUGAAGUCGUUCCACUGGCGGAGGAAGAACCUAACUUCCGUCAUCAACAUCCUCGCCCAGGCGCUAUACUCCCUCUUCGCCGCCGACGACGCCCAACUCAAAGCCCUCCAAAUGGGCUGCUUCCAAUACUUCAAGCUCGGGGGCAACUGCAUCGACGGCCCCGUCGGUCUCCUCGGCGGCAUAAUCCGCCAACCUUUCGUCCUCUUCUACCACUUCUUCGCGGUGGCACUAUAUGCCAUGUGGAUAUACAUUACGAGCGGCAACCCGCUGCUCCUCCCCAUUAGAAUGGUGUCGAGCGUCGCGGUGUUUUGGAAGGCGUGUGUUGUUAUCUUUCCGUAUAUUUUCUCCGAGCUGAGAAGUUAA